UACAACCUUAGGAUAGUGAACUCGACGCUGGAGGACGAAGCGGAAUACCAAUGCCAAGUGGGACCCGCGCAGAUGCAUAAGGUCAUAAGGGCCAACGCGUCGCUCACUGUUACAGCACCCCCCACCUCAGUGGAGAUCACGAACCACCCCAACCCCAAACUGGAAGUCAAGGAGGGGGAGGACGUGGUGCUGGAGUGCCAGGCGAAGAACGCCAAGCCUGCCGCUAGGAUCGUGUGGUAUCGGGGCAAUGUGGAGCUUAAAGGAGAUAAAGUGUCGAAGGAGGAAAUCAGAGAUGUCGAAAGCCAGAAUGGAAAUCCGAAGUCUACAAGAUACACCACCAUAUCGAGGGUCCAUUUCAAAGCGACAGCAGACGAUGACUACGCAGAUUUCACGUGCGAAGCUCGACAUGAGGCAUUGCAGCGAGAUGCGCCUUUACGAAGCACAGUGCAACUUAGUGUGCUCUAUCCCCCCGGAGCCCCGUACAUUGAAGGUUACGCCGAAGGCGAGACAGUCAGGCGAGGACAAAGCCUGGAGCUGGUCUGCAGAAGCCGUGGAGGGAACCCACCAGCUCAGCUCAUCUGGUAUAAGAACGGAGAGCAGAUACGGAUGGCGUACAGAACCAGUGGCCGUAUGUCCGAAAACAUCUACUCAUUCAAGGCGGACGCAUCUGACAAUAAGGCUCGGUAUACCUGUGAGGCCAAAAACGUCAUGAUCAGCAACACUUUGAAGGCUGAAAUCGAUCUCACUGUCCUUUUCGCUCCAGCCCACGUCACCAUCACCGGCCCAACUGAAGCCAGGGUAGGGGAUCCAGUACCCUUAACCUGCAGCACAGCCCCUUCGAAUCCCGCUGCUGACAUCAAGUGGCUGGUGCUCGGCAAGCAUCAUAAGGAAGCUAGCAAUCGCACUGUUAUAUCCCCUGAAGGCGGUUGGAUCACAACGUCGAACAUCACAGUGACAGUGGAGAAAGACAGACGGUCCAUCGUCGUUGUCUGCCAUGGCAUCAACGCGCAGCUGACUGAAAAUGUCGUUGCUACGCAUACUAUCAACGUGUUAUACGCCCCCUCAGCACCAAUGAUCACUGGCUACAUCCCAGGCACCACGCUGCAAGCCGGAACGGUGCAGAAGCUAGCCUGCAUGUCUACUGGCGGCAAUCCUCUGGCUACUCUCACGUGGUUCAAAAACGAUAAGAAGAUCCCUCAUACCAUAACACGAACUGCGGACAAGUCUGUCACCGCUGAGAUCUCCAUUUUGGCCAACGUUACUGAUAAUCAAGCUCAGUAUCGUUGUGAGGCUACUAACAGCGCCACGGAGAUACCACUGUUCGAGACGGUUACUUUGAAUGUGCAUUUCGCUCCAGAAACCGUGAAAGUGACAACGGAACCCAGCGAGCUCAAACCGGGAAUCGAAGCCACACUAUCUUGCAAAUCGGCCGCUAGCAACCCGCCAGCAACAUUAUCUUGGUGGCGAGAUGGCAUACCCGUGCAAGGUCUCCCAAUGAAGAUGAACCAAGGCCUAUACGGCGGGACGCUGUCGACCAUGGAGCUUAAACUGAACGUCACUAAGGACAUGAACGGAGCUGUAUAUACAUGCCAGGCGAUGAACGAAGCCUUGCAGAGGAGCGUACACGAUGCUACUGCGUUGAAAGUUUUAUACGCGCCAAUCUUCGACGAAAAUACUCCCGCCACCACCGUCGGCGUUGAGAACGAGCCUCUCAUCAUCGUGUUACGAGCUGAUGGCAACCCUGGCAGCAUCACGUAUACUUGGACUAAAGACGGCCAGCCGAUCACGCAGUCGUCGUACAGCAGUGCUAGCGACCGCAUAAUCUCCGAAGGCUCCAUGCUGAACAUAACUCGGCUGUCUCGCAACGAUGCCGGCGUGUACACCUGCGAAGCUGUCAACUCUCAGGGCGCCGCCACUGCUAACAUCAGCGUUUCAGUUCAUUAUUCAGCCAGUGUAGUAUCAGUCAGCCAAAACGAAAUACGAAAUUCUGGUGAAGACGCCACACUAGCGUGCACUGCUACUGGUAACCCUCUCACUGCCGAACAUAUUCGAUGGGAGCGAAAAGACUUCAACUUGAAAUCAAGAACAUCAAGCAGUUUCGACUCAAAGAAUCUCACUAGUUAUUUAGUUAUAAAUCAAGCCACCAAAGAUGACGUUGGCAAUUUCGAAUGUGUUGUAAACAAUGGUAUAGGUGAAAGAGAGAGUAAGCAGGAAGUAAUGCUAGUAGUGAAGACUCAGCCUACGAUGGAUACAGCUCCGAAUUUGAGCAAGUCUGCUUCAAAUGUUGGACAAGUUGGAAGACUAAUUUGCAAGUGCAAAUCAGCUCCAGCACCAAAUUUUACAUGGUCCAAAAGCGGAGCAAAGUUGCCAGUAAACACUUCCACCAAAUACUACGCUGAAUACCACAAAAUCGACCCAGUGACGUAUAUGUCCAUUCUUCUGAUUAACGACGUUUCUUCGUCUGAUUAUGGUUCUUAUGUAUGUGAUGCUAGAAAUGAGCUGGGAUUUGAUACGGCUAAGGUUAAGUUGGAUAUCACUAGUGCACCAGAUCAAGUGAUGUCAAUAUCGGUGACAAACGUAACAUACAACUCAGUGACUUUGGAAUGGGUACCAGGGUUUGACGGCGGCCUUACUACUUGGUUUAGACUUAGAUAUCGGAAACCUUAUGAAGAAACAUACAGAUAUGACGACGUAUCACCAAGGAAUGCAACGUCGUAUACGAUUGGUGGACUGGAAAAGAAUACAGACUACGUUUUCUCCGUUAUGGCGCUUAACAAAAUAGGACAGAGCAAAUAUAGGCCAGACGAUACUAAAGCCACAACACUUACUUCUUCAGAAGUAGGCGAGUUGAACGUAGUGACUACAGAGUACGUAGAAACAGCCGACGUAUCGAAGAGCGUAGUUGUCUAUGUGUCUAUCACAGGAGCACUUCUAGUUUUGGUUAACGCUGCGUUAGUCGCUUGUUUUGUUUUUAAACGCCGAUCUAGACGGUUGAAAGAACAAGCCGGUCAAGCUUCAAAAUCAGCAACGAUAGAGAUGUACGCGCCAUCCUCCUACAACGAUACUAUGACGGGAGAAACGUUGAGUUCUGUGUCUGAGAAGUCCGAGACGUAUUCACAAGAUGAGGGGAUGGAUGAUAGGCAGCCGCCGCCGAUACCUGAGGUGCCGAGUAUGCCGAGCAGACAUAUGCUGCAGCAAACCGACGCUUACCUAAUGGAUGACCAAGGUUUAGUCAUUCCUCCACCAUUGGACUACCCUCCUCCGAACUAUGCCGUGUAUGAAGGGGAUCAUGCUAGGACGCUGCCGCAUCCGCAUAGGCAUAAGGAUAUGAGUGGGCAUAGCACGCUUGGCCGUAGUGCAGGCAAACAGAACUAUGCCCCCGCACCUUCGCCUAUGCCACCGCUGGAUGGCUCCUACUACAACAUGGCUUCUGACCGCUACCUCUCUUACCCGCCUCUUAUCGGCGAGUACUUGCAGCAACAGCAAACCGGACGAACUCCAACCCCACCUCAGCAGUACGGAGCGGCACCACUUCAGAAGCACAUGCUGAAUGGGAUGAGUGGAUCUCCCUCUCACGUCGCGAGUCCGCCUAUGAGCUAUGGAAUUGAUGUUCCCUUGGACCGGCAAUCCGCAGGCGGCACGUUGCGACGACGAAACGAAAAAAUGGCCCCCGUGCCUCCACCAGACGUCACCGUGCUACAUCCAGGGUGUAAUCAGCACCAGCUCUCCCAAACACCAGUGCCAAAGCAGCCACAGUCCAUCCUAAAAGACCCAUCGAGACACAAAUAUGGAAACCAAUACGGCAGCCCCAUAUCCUCAAGCACGCCCCAAAGUAACUCCAGUCAGAUCCUCACAGUGCAAAACCUCACCUCAGACGUACCACAAUACGGUACCAUUAGAAAAGAAAACAAAAAACAAAACGUUACUAUAGAUGAAUCAUAUAAUAAAAGAAGUGAAACGCACGUGGUAUAAAAUUAUAAAUAAGUGUUAGUGUUUGUGUAAAUACAGUUAGGUAAUGUAGAUAGACUUAAAAAUUUAUUCAAUGUGAUAAGUGUAGUUAGUGAUUAGUAAGUGAUUUUGGUACGGUGGUACCUGGACUUUUGAACUUGGUUUCAAUGUGCCGUUCGGCACAAUAAACGUGAUAGGACCGAUUUGUGACCUUGGGAAUGUUCCAAAAUGGCACAAUUCGAAUUUUCGGUCUUGUUGCUUUUUAUCAGAUGAAUUGGAUUUAAAAUCAAAACCGCUUGCUGGACAUUUCGGUGACUAUUUUAAAUCCAGUUUUAUUGAUAAAGUAAUAUGCUUGCCUAAAUGGAUGAAUUACAUUGUUGUAUUUUGAAUCUAAGGCUUGGGAUAAAGCAAAGUCAUGCCAUCUUUCCAUGAAUGGACAAGGAUUAAAAUUUAAGUAUGAUGAUGAUGUUUUCAAGUCAACUUUUUGUCUGACAAGCUACAAGAAAGCAGGGUUAUGAUAUUUAUUUAAUUAUUAUGAACUAAGAAAACUUAAAAUAUAACCUUGCUUCUUGCACCAUCAUUAAAUAUACUACAAACAUUUUCUUCUUUAUCUAUAAGUUUAGUAGAUAUAAUAUUCUACAUAGCAAUUGGUCAAUUUGAUAAACGUAUCUUUAUUCCAUAAUUAUUUUUAAAGUACUUCUUUUUAUAGUUGAUCUUUAUUAAGAUGGCUGAUUUUGCAGUAGGUAUUUCAAGUAAAUUUGGUAUUUGCAAUAUAAAACACUACAUAGUUAAGUACUUAAUUUAUAAAAACAAUUCAAUAUAAAUACAUCUCCAAAACCGCAUGUUUAUUUGUAUUCUGAAGGUUAAAUAAGUCAAGCCUGAAUAACCUAUAAUAAUAGAAGUAUCUAUCGAAAAUAAACACCUAGUAAUUAACUUUGCAUUUCGGCAUUGUAUUGUAAAACUAAAUCCAUGAAAACUAUAAAUGUAAAACUAAUUUACUUGUAGUACCAAACAUUUUUCAAUAAUGAUAUACUUAAGUCAUUAUUGAACGAACCUCUCAAUGAUUGACUGACUUAUCAAUAUUCUUGUAAAUUUAAUUAACGUCCACUCUUAUGCGAAUUAUUGAAAAUACUUCAUUGUCCAAAAUUGUAAUCAUUUUAGAGUAUUUUACUAAUAAUUGAUUUCAUUACGAAAUGUUUGCUGAUUGAAAUUAACGUAUGUAAUUUGUAAUUGAUACAAACGAUUCCCGCGAAGGAUCUCUUUUGAUUAAGUUUUUAAUAGAUUUUCUUAUUAAUUGUUAAUAAAAUUGAUCUUGAAUUUUUUACAAAAUUUAUGGGAGAAUUUUGAAUUUUCCCAGCGGCGGUUACCGUCGUUUGUUUUUAGAAUUUUUCAAUGAUAGUGUUUUGACAAUCGAGAAUCUAAUGACUGAGAAUCAAUCAAGACCUCAAUUUUCUUAAUAGUGAUCGUCAAAUAUUUAUUAUUUACCUAAGUGACAAUUCCUAUUAAAAUGAUAUUCAAUGUCAAAUCUCAAUUGUCCAAGCACUUCAUUCAGAAUAUUGCAUUUAUUGUUAUUAAAUGAAUUUGAUUUUUUGCUGUUUCUAUUUUGAUAGCAAAAUUUCAAUUAAUUUCAAACUAAGUGAAAGAUUUGCUAGUAUUUGGACUGUAUUCUCGAAUGUAGGCAUUUUAAAUAUUGUGUGUAUUAAUGACCUUCAUUUUGACUAUCUUGAUACUAUCUCAGUAUCUUCGUUUUAGGUUUAAGUUAACUAAAUUGUACUGCCAAAUUUUCAUUAUGUAUAAUUUAAAUGACUAGAUUUUAUUUUCUUCAUCACAUGUAAAUAAAACUAAUACUCAAUCGCAAACUGACAAUAAAUGUAAGUUUUAUCGUUUAAUUUUAAUUUAUCCUGCUUAGAUAACUGUAAAUAAAUUAUUUUUAUUUUCUCUACUAUUACAUUAAUAGCUUUUCUACUCCAAAAUUUAAUCGGUUUUAAUACAGAUACCAAAGUUUUAUUAAUUUUUAUUUUUAAGUUAAUAAGCUACUUAAUUAUUUUUAUUUUAUUUUUGUUUUUCGAAUUUGUAACAAUGUUUUAAUCAACGAUACUGCCAUGGACUGAUUUUAUAAUUGAUUUUGUCUAUUGAUUAAUAAUUGAAUUAUAAAUCCAUCCAUUGAUGAAAAAUACGAUUUCAUAUACAUGAACAAACAUAUUUGUUGUUACAUUUCGAAUUUAAAUAAAAAAACUAA